UCUGCCUAGAAAAAGGAAUUGAAGUGUUUUAAUCAUGCUGACCAGCAAGGGCUGGGGAUUCCUUCAUUUAGAUUUGUGUCUCUUGCUGUAUACGUCCACGCCUUCAUUUAAAGGUUGCGUAGGCUGUGCCUCUGAAGAGAGACUCUUCCACAAGCUGUUUGCCCAUUAUAACCGGUUCAUCAGGCCUGUGGAAAAUGUUUCUGACCCCGUCACGGUGCAUUUUGAAGUGGCCAUCACACAGUUGACCAACGUGGAUGAAGUAAACCAGAUUAUGGAAACCAAUCUAUGGCUGCGUCACAUCUGGAAUGAUUACAGAUUGCGCUGGGAUCCAGUGGGGUAUGAUGACAUUGAGACUCUCCACGUUCCAGCAGACAAGAUUUGGAAGCCUGACAUUGUUCUCUAUAAUAAUGCUGUUGGUGACUUCCAAGUAGAAGGCAAGACAAAAGCUCUUCUUAAAUACAAUGGCAUGAUAACCUGGACCCCACCAGCUAUUUUUAAGAGUUCCUGUCCCAUGGACAUCACCUUUUUCCCUUUUGAUCAUCAAAAUUGUUCCCUGAAAUUUGGCUCCUGGACAUAUGACAAGGCUGAGAUUGAUCUUCUGAUCAUUGGAUCUAAAGUAGAUAUGAAUGACUUUUGGGAAAAUAGUGAGUGGGAAAUUGUGGAUGCAUCUGGAUACAAGCAUGACAUCAAAUAUAACUGUUGUGAAGAGAUAUACACAGAUAUAACCUAUUCUUUUUACAUUAGGAGACUGCCUAUGUUCUACACUGUUAACCUAAUCAUCCCCUGUCUCUUCAUUUCCUUUCUAACUGUGUUGGUUUUCUACCUUCCUUCAGACUGUGGUGAAAAGGUGACACUCUGCAUCUCAGUCCUGCUUUCUUUGACUGUAUUUUUGCUAGUAAUUACAGAGAUCAUCCCAUCUACAUCUCUUGUGAUCCCAUUAGUGGGUGAGUAUCUACUGUUUACCAUGAUCUUUGUCACACUGUCCAUUGCUGUGACUGUGUUUGUGCUGAACAUACACUAUCGUACCCCAGCAACACACACCAUGCCCCAGUGGGUGAAGACGAUUUUUCUCCAGCUAUUUCCCCAAAUCCUGUUGAUGAGGAGGCCUGUGGACAAGACAAAAGGGGCAGGUUCUGAUGAAGAUUCCAAAGGUCUUUCCGGUAGUAGACCUGUCAAGGUCAAGCUUGCCAAUCAAAAAGAGUCCAAACUUCCUAAGGAAUGCUGCCAUUGUCAUAAGUCAAGUAAGCUUACCACCAACAAGAGAAGAUUAAAUCAGCAGCCUCUACAAAGGGUGAUGGAAAAUUUGGAACACUCACCUGACUUUGAAGAUGUCAUUAAUAGCAUUCAAUUUAUAGCAGACAACAUGAAGAACCAUAAUGAGAGAAAAGAGGUUGAAGAUGAGUGGAAAUAUGUGGCCAUGGUGGUAGACAGAGUAUUUCUCUGGGUCUUUAUAAUUGUCUGUGUAUUUGGAACUGCAGGCCUAUUUCUACAGCCACUGCUUAGGAAUGCAGCAAAAUCUUAA